CAGCUGCCACUCAUAUCAGAAGAAACACCUCUUCAGAGAGGGGCUUGAGGCUUUUCUAAAGAUUGGAAAGUUUUCAUGUGCUCACACGGACACAGGGUUUAGCUAUGGCUAGGGCGGAGGGAAUGGAACAUGAUGGUAGAGUCUUCUGUGAAAGAAACUGGGAGAAGUUCAUCUUGGAUGUGUGAGAAGAUCUGCUCUCUGUGAGGUGAACGAACAGGCUCAUUUCCUGGUUUUCCAGCUUCUGUUGAAAGGUUAGGUUGUGAAGCAUUAUGGGAGACUGGAACUCACUGGGGAAGCUGCUGGAGAGCGCCCAGGAACACUCUACCGUGGUGGGCAAGGUUUGGCUAACAGUGCUGUUUAUCUUCCGUAUUUUGGUUCUGGGAACGGCCGCAGAGAAAGUUUGGGGAGACGAACAGUCCGGCUUCACGUGUGACACCAAACAACCUGGUUGUCAAAAUGUUUGUUACGAUAAAACCUUCCCCAUUUCUCACAUCCGCUUCUGGGUGAUGCAGAUCAUCUUUGUCUCCACGCCCACUCUUAUUUAUCUGGGACAUGUCAUCCAUCUGGUCCGCAUGGAGGAAAAGGAGAAGCAGAAGCUCAAGGAGCUUACAAACGAAAACCAACAACAAUUUCUCAACAACAAGCCCCCUAAGCCCUCAGUGAAAGAUAACCAGGGCCAUGUGCGUUUGCAAGGUGCACUUCUGCGAACGUACGUCUUUAACAUAAUUUUCAAGACUCUGUUUGAAGUUGCUUUCAUUGUGGCUCAGUACUUCCUGUACGGGUUUGAGCUGAAGGCCAUGUACACCUGCGACCGCUGGCCUUGCCCAAACACGGUGAAUUGCUACAUCUCCCGACCCACGGAGAAGACAAUCUUUAUACUUUUCAUGCUUGCAGUUGCUUGUGUAUCGCUGCUGCUCAAUCUGGUGGAAAUGUACCAUCUAGGUUUCAAAAAGUGCCACCAGGGUCUUCGCUACAGACGAUCAAAGGCUGCCCGUGAAGGUCCCAAGGCGCUGAAUGAGGCGAUCACACCCUUUGCUCCAAACUACACCUACUUUACAGGCCACUCCGCUGUGUCUGAGCCUUUCCCUGCAGACUCAAAGUACAGCAUGACAGAGCCAAACUCUGCCUACAGCCCCUACAACAGUAAGGCCGUUCACAAACAAAACAGAGACAACAUGGCUGUGGAAAGAAAAGGCAAAGUAGAAGAAGACGACACAGAGAAAACUAAAGUGUCCGGUCCGAUCUGUGACACUCCUGCUGAAAAUCAGCGCAGAAACAGUCAGUCGAGCAAGCACAACAACAAAAGCAGGCUGGACGACCUGAAGAUCUGAAGACUUUUAAUAUAGGGCUCACCAAUUACAGCCCUCGAAGGCUACCGUCCUAAGAAAUGUACCCAUUUGUUUGCUCCAUAAAACCUUGUGAUCUUAUUAAAUGUGCAGGAUGGUCAUCCUCGAGGACUGGAGUGGGUGAUAGCUGCUUUAUUGUAACUGCAGGAAUAACAUCUAUACAUCUAAAACAUCUAUUUGAAUGUAAGAGACAAAACUGCAUAGACAAUGAAAACGAGUCAGUAGCACAAGAAUGUUGAAUGAGAACCUUCACCGUAGUAGAAACUGUUUUUGAGAAUCAGGAAGUUGAGUUGAGUAGGAAGACAGCGUGUGUUAUUGGAUGUUAUUAUAGAGGUGUCAAAAGUAUUAUAUUCAUUGCUCAGGUGGAAGUAUAGAUACUAGGCAGGGUUUAAAAAAACAUCUGUAGAAGAUGAUGAGUAAAUCUAAGCUUUUUACUUGAGUAAAAGUUAAAAAAAUAUACUGGUUUCAAAACUACUUCAAGUAUGAAAGUACAAUUAAGCCACGCCACAGCUAUACAUCUCAAGGUAUUAAUGACUAUAAUGUAGGGCUGCAUGAUAUUAGGAAAACCUGCGAUAUGCAAUAACAUUGAUUAAUAUUGUGAUGACAAUAUUACUUGCGAUAAAUAAAAACUUAACUCAGGAACAAAAAUAAUAAAAAACAAUUGACAAAAAGUCGUAAAAAUGAGAAAAGCAAAAGAUGUGAGGAAAGGGAAAAAGAAAAUGAACAAGAAAAGGAUCAGUGGAUACCAGGAAAAGCAGAAUCAGCAGAAAGAGCAGAGCAAAGCUAACUCUGAUGUUCGCUAACCAUCAAAAUUAAGUGCCGUCCGUCUCGGGGGCGGGCAUCUAACCAAUGAAACCCCACCCAAUUGGCCAAAUGGGUGAGGAGCUUUAUUUGAUUUCUUUAAAAAUGUCAUGCUUCCAUUUGAUUGACAGAAUGCAUUAUGUGUAGCAAACAUUUGAGCUGACCAUUCAUCACGAUAUUUAUCUGUUCUUUGCGAUAUGCAUGUUGCGCAUGCUGUUAUCGCGAUAACAAUAUAUUUGCGAUAUAUUGUGCAGCCCUACUGUAAUGUUAUAUAAAAUUUUAAUGUUGAUAAAUUAGGAUACAUAGAGUAUCUGCCCAUGGGUGUCUAAACACAGGAUACAAUGGUUCUGUCAAAAUGAAUGAAUGGAUGAACAAGUGAAUGAACAAGAAAGUGAAUGAAUGAAUGAAUGAAUGAAUGCAUGAAUGCAUGAAUGCAUGAAUGAAUGAAUGAAUGAAUGAAUGAAUGAAUGAAUGAAUGAAUGUCCUGGUUGGACUGUGACUUGAUUUGUGUCAUGCAAAAUGUGCAAUGGAUUACGUACAAACAAUAGGGUGUUUUAAUGGUUGAUUAAAAUAUCAUCCAAUCGUUUCUACUAAAGUAAUGUAACAAAGUAUUUGUACUUCAUUACUUGACAUGUUUGAAGUAGUUACACAGCAUCUAACCAGCUCAGUGGCCUAGUGGUACAGUGUCUACCCUGGGAUUGGGAGAUCGGAGUUCAAAUCCUGGUCAGGUCACACCAAAGACUUCAUAAAAUGAGACACAAUGCCUCCCUGUUUGACACUCAGCUUUAAGGGGUUGGAUUGGGGGUUAAACCAUCAAAUAGUUCCUGAGUGCAGCUGCAGCUCAUCGCUCCCCAAGGGGGUUGGGUCAAAUACAGAGAAUAAUUUUCACCACACCGGUGUGUGUGACAACUGUCCCCUUUGUCUUUCCUGUACUCAACCGAAUACAACCAGAUGUGUCUUCAACAAUUGUUUUUUUAACCUUCCCAACCACAAAUCUGAGGUUGGUAAGGUCUCUACCAUGAGUGACCUGGUUCAAUUAUUUAUUUAUAAAAACCCAUGUCUCUGUAUCAGUUAGUGGGAUUUCAUAUCUUCAUCCAUAGUUAAUCUAAAGAUAUCCUGGGCAUGUGUAAGCUUCAUGCAGGCUUCAGAAAGAGCAGCCUUAAUAACUAUAAUUCCAAAUUUAUUAAGACUCAUUGAGUUUAACUGGAAAAUUAUCUGAAGCACCGUCAAUUUCAUUCAGAGGACACAUUUAAUGUGACUUAAAGUCUUAAAUAUAAAUGAGCUUAAGCUUUUUCUGUUGCUAUUGUUUACAGAUAUUUGACUUAACCUAAAGGAAGGCAAACUCUGGCAUUAAAGUGCUGCCUAAUAAUUUAAAUGAUUGAGUUCUUACCAUUUGACUCUCAUUUUUUGUUGCUAUUUUUAUUUUUACAUUUUUUUAAACUAAAAAAUGCCUAAGUAGGUUUUUUUUCAACACAACAGCCCAGUUAGGACAUACAAACAUUUCUGAUCUUAGUUGUGACUUUGAUCAAAUUAAUAAUUACCGUUUCAAACUUCAGAUGCUGUGACAAGUGAGAGGCAGAUCAAAUGCUCUUUAUUUUACUGUCAUGAGGCACGUGAACUGUUUACAUGCAGCUGAUGACUGUGGAAUGCAAAUAAAACUUGCAAGAACAUUUAUCAGCACUUAGAAAAAGUGCGAUGUGAUAAUGGACUUUACAUGUGUACUAAUACACCUGUGGUAGUAGGUGAAAGUAGAAAUACACUGGACGUGAGCCUUAUUGCCUCAUACAUUUUCUGUUUGCUUCUGUGUCGUCCUUUAUCUUGUUGUUUUGAAUGCAUUAAAGGGAUACUAGGCAAUUUUGCUUGCUUUUAGCACCCCCUAGUGUCCGUUGUUAAUUCUCUGAGAUUAAACCACAAAUGAAACUUAUCUCCUCGCUAUGUUUUCGAUUUUUAAAACCUUCAUCUAACUGCUGAAAUGUCUCCCCAGUGGUCAUCAGUUGCUAGAGGAGCGAUUCAUCACUAAAUCAAACAAAGCAGCUGUGUUCAUGAUCUAUAACAUGCAGGAAUCGUGCUGUAAUAAGGCUCCAGCUCCACCAUGUCAGCUCCCCUCACCAGCAGGGAGCGCACGCCAACUCUGAAGUUACAAAUGUGGUAUUCUGGACACAGAGGGCGGUUGGCGUCUGAGUAACAUUUCAUUAACCCUGUAAAUGGUCGUUUUAGAACAUACUGGCUCAAGAAAAGUAUAUAAAAAUAUGAAAAAGGUGCAUAGUAUCCCUUUAGAUGUUACAAGACACCAUUUUUACCGUUCCAGAGCCAAACUAUUAUCCGCUUUCAUAAAAUGUCUCUUUGGUCUCAAAACUUAAUUUUGGUGUUUGAUGUGCAAGACUGGAGUUUGAGAAGCAUUUUGUUUGUGGCUUUAAACUGUUAUUAUUAUUACCUCAGAUAAAGUAGCUGUUGCAAUUCUGAAUGUGAAACCAGAGAUAUGCUUGAUGAUGUGUUUGCACUACUUUACAUCACUGAUUAAACCUGUUUACUCUGCUGACAACAGACUGUGUGUUAGCCCAAACAGAGAA